AUGACGUCUACCGAUAUCGCUACGCGGGAGCUGGAGAAUCCCAUGGACCUCACUGAAUACCUUUUUCGGCGUCUUCACGAGGUUGGCAUUCGCGCAGUCCAUGGUGUUCCUGGUGACUACAAUCUUGCGGCGCUCGACUACCUCCCCAAGUGCGGCCUCGACUGGGUUGGGAACUGUAACGAGCUCAAUGCGGGCUACGCGGCCGAUGGCUAUGCUCGCGUGAAGGGCAUCAGCGCUCUAAUUACCACCUUUGGUGUUGGAGAACUCUCGGCUCUGAACGCCAUCGCAGGCGCAUACUCUGAAUUUGUUCCAGUCAUCCAUAUUGUUGGUCAGCCAACUACCCGGUCGCAAAAGGAUGGGAUGUUGCUUCAUCACACACUCGGAAAUGGAGAUUUCAACGUCUUUAACAAGAUGAGUGCGGCCAUCUCUUGUUACGUUGCCCAUCUGAAUGAUCCUCGCGAUGCGGCGACUCUGGUCGAUAGCGCGAUCCGCGAGUGCUGGAUUCGCAGUCGCCCAGUUUACGUCACUCUUCCCACUGAUAUGAUCACCGCCAAAGUCAAUGGAGAUCGCCUGAAACAACCAAUCGAUCUUUCCCUGCCGAAGAAUGAUCCGGAGAAGGAGGACUACGUAGUUGAUGUGGUCCUGAAGUAUCUCCACGGGGCCAAGAACCCAGUCAUCUUGGUUGAUGCUUGUACUAUCCGUCACCGUGCUCUGGCAGAGGUGCAACAGCUGGUCGAGGCUUCUGGCCUGCCUACCUUUGUCGCACCCAUGGGUAAAGGUGCAAUCAACGAGUCCUACAAGAAUUUCGGCGGUGUCUAUGCUGGAAAUGGCUCCAACCCCGGCGUGAGGGAGGUCGUAGAGUCCUCAGACCUCAUUCUGAGCAUUGGCGCUAUCAAGUCCGACUUUAACACGGCGGGAUUUACAUAUCGCAUUGGUCAGCUGAAUACGAUCGACUUCCACAGCAGCUAUGUGCGCGUGCGGUAUUCCGAGUACCCCGAUGUCAAUAUGAAAGGUGUUCUUCGCAAGGUCGUUGAGCGCAUGGGCAAACUGAAAGUGUCACACAUUCCCCAAAUCACCAACAAGGUCCCUGAGAGCGAGCAGAAUUCAAGCCAGACCAUCACUCAUGCUUGGCUGUGGCCUACCGUCGGCCAGUGGCUAAAGGAGAGGGACAUUGUCAUCACAGAGACAGGUACUGCCAACUUUGGCAUCUGGAACACUCGCUUCCCAGCUCAUGUUACGGCAAUCAGCCAGGUGCUCUGGGGAAGCAUUGGGUAUUCGAUGGGCGCCUGCCAGGGCGCCGCGCUGGCCGCCAAGGAACAAAACAACCGCCGUACCAUCCUGUUCAUCGGAGACGGAAGCACCCAAUUGACAGUCCAGGAAAUCAGCACGAUGCUUCGGAAUAAGCUGAACCCUAUCAUAUUUGUCAUUUGUAACGAAGGAUACACUAUUGAGCGAUACAUCCAUGGAUGGGAGGAGCGCUACAAUGACAUCCAGCCGUGGGACUAUGCCAACAUCCCCAAAGUUUUCGGGGGUGAAGAUGGGUACGAGAGCCACCGCAUCAAGACCCGGGACGAGCUGAAGGACUUAUUCGCCCAUAAGGAGUUCAGUAGUCCCAGCGGCCUUCAGCUGGUUGAGUUGUACAUGCCUCGUGAGGAUGCUCCGGCUGCAUUGAAACUGACGGCCGAGGCCGCGGCCGCGCGCAACAAGUAG